UAGGAGCUCCUCGCUCCUCGUUCCUCGUUCCUCGCUCCGCUCCAGCCCGACGCGUGACGCGCGCCUCCCGUGCGCGGCGACUAACGGAUUAAGGGCAACCGAUCAACCGAUCGAUGCGGCGGCUCCGUCCCGCACACAACUCCCGCCGGUGACCGCCCUCCGUCGUUCCCCGUUCUUUUUCCACGGACGGAGCGCGAGGAGGAGGCCGUCUUUCGGUGCCAGGACGCGCGCUCGUGCGCAGCUGGAUUGUUGUUGUUUUUUCUUGGAGUGUAAGAAGCUGAUACAAGGAUCAAUAACGGUGCCACUGGAAAAGGUUCGUGUGGGACAAAGCAGCGCGCGUGCGCGCGCGCAGAAGCCGGUUACACGCGUUAUUCUAAAAAGGAGGACGAAUAACAGGCUGGGUUGACUUUUCCGUAACGGAAAUGAGAUCAGUCCCGCUGCUUGGCUCCGCUUCUUCUAAAACAUGGUCGAUGUGACUCCGUGUGGAACCGGCCCGAGGUCAGACUUUAUUUAACUGCUUCUCACAGACUGUGUGUAGUUCACGGGACGAUGUUCGCCGGACUGAUCGGAGUGGAACGCAACAACCAACCUCUGCUUCACUCCUGCGGACGCGCUGACGGUGGCAGGGCGUCGGGAGCAGCUGGCAGCGCCGGCCGGAAGAGGCUCCACCGGCGCCCGGGCUACAUGAGAGGGGAGCAGUGCAGACUACAGAGCUCUGCUUAUGGACGGGAGGAGGAGGAGGAGGAGGAGGAGGAGGAAGGGAGGACCGCUCGCGUGAGGAGUCCGACACCUGCUGUCAGAGUGGGUCAGCGACAGCCUGGUGGCCCCACAGGCAGCUCAUGGAGGAGCUGCGGGUCCCCCUGGGACUGUACUGCCAGUACUGGUGCAUCGGGCCGUCCGGCCCAGCCGUCGGCGCCGCGGAGUGAACUCAGGUCCAGCCCGAGCCCGAGCCCGGCUCAGCAGGACACGUUCAGCUCCAGCUUCAGCUUCAUCCAGCAGUCGCUGGGCUCCGGCCGGAGGACGGACGCGACCGCUGCAGCACCAGAACCGCUGCAUCCGCCCCGGACCCCGCCCGGUCCGACUCCAACGGCGCCGACCGCCCCACUCGGCGACGCCUCAGAGCCGGGCCGGGCACAGAGGGUGGACCUGUCGUUGGGCGGGAGGUUCUGGAGGGAGAGCCUCUGGAGCGGCAGCGGGGCCUCGUCCGACCUGCCCGACUGCGACGCCCGCUCUCCGGACGCGGACGUCACCUCCUCGCUGUCCGUGGACUCGGACACGGCCUCCGCGUCCUCCGUCACCUCGGGCUAUGAGAGCGCCACGCCGGGCUGCGACCAGGGCUGGGACGGCCUGGUGAAGCAGUACGAGGGCGUGCUGCAGGACUGCCUGCAGAACAACCGCACACACACCACGAUCGAGUCCAUGAUGCUGAAGCUUCAGAGGCUGCAGCAAAAGGCCAUUUUGGAAGAUGACUAUGAUGCAGCUGAGCGCUUUGGGAAGAAGCUGGAGGAGCUGUGUCGGGAGCGGGGAGCUCUGCAGCUGGGUCUGCCCUCCAGACAGCCCAGCGUGGAUCGAUUCCUGGAGAGGCUCAGACAGGUGGUGCACAGCGCCCUCCAGAGGGCAGACUGCAGUCAGCGCAGUGAGUGUGCAGAGAGUGAAGCAGCGGAGCAGGGUCUCUUGUGUCAAAGAGGUCGUCUGAUCCAGGAGAAACGCCUGGUGGAGGAGGAGAUCGCGGCGCUGCAGCAAAAGCUGGCGCAGCUGCAGCGCCGCGGCCGGAGCCUGGAGCAGCAGAUCCAGCAGGAGGAGCAGCAGGCGGAGGCCGAGGAGCUGGAGAGCUCGGUGCUGAGGAGCUGCUCCGUGGCCCAGCUCCGCGCCAUGGGCCGCGCCCUGCAGGACCUCGUCACCUCCGACCACCGCCUGCACAUCUCUGUCUCUCCGUCCGCCUCCAUACUCAGACUCCAGGAGCAGGAGCAGACCCUGAAUCUGUCCAUCAAGGAAGCUACUGCUAAAGUGGUCAUGAGUCAGAGGCUGGGCAGCAGCCUGAGAAGGAAAGUCAGCGAGACCGAGACGCAACUGCUGGCGCUGCAUGAGGCCAAGCUGGCCGCCAUCUCCGGUAGCGACUUCAGCAGUGCCAAGGAGCUAAAGGCUGAGAUGAAGGCCGUGUACCAGGAGCGUGACAGAUUAGAGGCUCUGGCCAAGAGGCUGCACAGCCUCAGCUCGGGGAGCAGCCAGGAGCUGGCCAGGACCAAGGAGCAGCGGCAGCAGCUCAGGCAGGAGCUGGAGCACCGGGAGGCUCAGCACGAAAGACGGCUGAAAGAGAACACCACCAAGUACAUGGAGCUGCUGGAGGACAGACUGCACAGCUGCAGCUGCAGCUGUCCGGGCCUGGAGCGGAUCUGGGAAGCGGACCUGGAAGCGUGUCACCUGUUCCUGAGGGGCCUCCAGCAGCGGACCCCCAGCUGCAGCGGCGCCGACGUGGACCUCGUCCCCAGCGGAGCCGCCACGCAGCCAGGCACCAGAGAAGAAGAAGACUCCGCCAUGUUGACCGCUUUAGGAGGGCGCUGGUGUCCGGAAGCUAACUUACAGAACUCAGAGUUCACCAAGAAACUGGAGGAGUUUUUGUUCUGCAUGGAGGAUAAUCACCCAGAGGACGUGAGCGGCGAGGCUGAGGCUGCAGACCUGACAGAGCGCUGCGAGCUGAUCAGUGACAGACUAAUGACCUUGGAAGAUGAACUGCAGACGGCCAUACUGAACAGGGAUCAGGCUCUCGCCCAGUCCCUAGAAAAGGAGGUUCAGGACGUCAAAGCCACUCUGCAAGGCAUGCUCGCACAGCUAAAGGAGGAGGACGCACAGGAAGAGCAAGCGAAUGACUCAGGAGACGACGACCUCGCGAGGAAUGGGACUGAGGAGGAAGAGGAGGAGGAGGAGGAGGACCAGUACUUCAGUGACAGCUGGGACAUUUGAAAUGGAUGAGCCUGAACUCAGCACAUUCAUUCAACACCGAGCCUCACUGGAGUCGCAUCACAACCAGCCUCCGUGGGACCGUGUGUGUAAAGACUAGAACAUUUAAGUUCCAGUUCACAAAUGGAAAAACACAAGACAAGGGGUUUGACGCAGAUGCAAACUUUAAGACACUUUAUUUUAAAUCUUUUACUUUAACUUUAACCAGAUAAAGGUCUAAAGGUGCCUUAAAACACUGAGCCAACACAGUAAUUCUUUUUUAUUCCAGGCCUUCAUGUCAUGUUAGGAGUUAAUGAAGUCCAUCCAGUGCUUGUUAAUAUUAGACCUUCUUUCAGGGGUCGCUUUGAAUUUCAAUUACAGGAGCAUAAUUGAUUUUUAAAUACAGGCCUGAAACAAACUGAAAUCAUUAAAAUUCCUCCCUGUUUGAAUGAAUACAAAUUUAAUUCAUUUGAUGUCGACCUGCCAUUUUGCUGGACUUCAGUUACAUGUCGUUUUGUUUGUGAAAUGAUUCCAUUGCUAACACAACGACGUUUGUGCGUGAAAGGCAAUCUCCCCCUUCACGAAGAGUCAUUUACGUAGAAAACACUGAAGUAUAAAAUAUCAGUGGGCACAUAAAUGACUCAUUUACACCCGUUGUUUGUUUGUAAUCUAAAGUUGUAUGUGUGACGCUUUUAUUUUGGCGGAGCACGGUAAUCUUCUUCAUUCCACUGUGUCAUUUUUCAGGUUUUAAUCUCGCGUGCAGCUUGAAGUUGCUGUACCGUAUGUCAUAUUUAUUCCUUACAGCAUCUUUGCUAAUUACAGCUUGUCCCAUUCAGCCUAA